UGUCUCAGUCAUUUAUUAGGAUUAUUUCAGUCGUAAAAGCCAAUUUGGGGCCAAAUAGCGUGAAAAGUGAAACGUCGUCGCCAUUGAUCCAUCACCCCCCUCUGUCAUCUGUCAAAACCCAGCAACUGGCAAAAUUCUCGUCAUGUUUCCGGUAUCGAAAAUACCGCGGAAGCCGCACCUGGUGCAGUGUUUCAGUGCAUUCAGCGCCGAGAGCAUCUUCAGCGAGGAAAACAUCCGAAAAACCGUGGCGAAUUUCGCCAAAAUGCGGCCGGUAAAGACGCAACCUAGCACACCCACCAAAAACGCCGCCGUGCUAGUACCACUGUGCGUCGUCGAGGGCCGCGUGUCGCUACUGUACACCUUACGAGCGGCAAAUUUGAAAACACACCGGGGACAGGUCAGUUUUCCCGGAGGGAUGGAGGACGCCGGGGACAAAACCGCCGAGCAGACGGCCGUUCGGGAGACCCAGGAGGAGCUCGGGAUUGGACAGGACUUGAUCGAGGUUUGGGGUAAAGGGAAUGUGAUUGUCAGUAGGAACGUGACAAGUGUCUUGCCUGUGAUUGGUGCGCUCAAAAUCGGGGAUGUUCGGGACUUGCGGAUUAACCCGAGUGAGGUUAAGGAGGUGUUUACCGUUCCGCUGGAAGUGCUGUGCGAUCCGGAACAUAUCAGACAUACGCAAUUUCGGACCAAUUAUUCACUGCCUGUUUUCACAGGCGGGAGGAGGAAAAUAUGGGGGCUCACGGCUAUCAUCACACAUUUGUUUCUCAAGGCGCUCAUGCCCAAGUCAGUGUACAACCCCAGCAUCAAGUUUGUGCCCCCUCUUAAGGGCUCUCUACCUUAUCGUUUGUUGUAAUUCGUUUCAAUUCGGUUAAUAAAGAAAUUUUACGUA